AUGCAAAAGUACUGCAAGGAGACGCCAGGUAUCGAUGACCUCGGCCGCUGGUCCCCCGACUCGGACGGGUUUACCUUUCUGGUCGCCAUCGAUUCUGCGUCGUCAGUCGUUGAGUUGCAGAAUCACUCGCUCGUCAGACAUCGGGAUACCGAAUGUCUCCUCGGUCUUGUCAGUUUGACCCGCGUUGCGGUUUUCCCGCGUGAGUACAUCUGUGGGGCCAAGGCAGCAACGGUGCCAAACUAA